GUUUUAAGGUCAAUAACGAUGAACUAGUCAAACGUUGAGCAUGUACUUUUGUCACCACCAUAUGUUUAGUAGAUUUCUAUGGGUUGUCUUGGGCGAACAUUAGAAUGUGGUUUUGGAGCGUAUCCGUGCUUUUUGUGUUGUGUGAAAAAUUCUAGAGAAUCGACCACAACACGACUUACUUACACACUUAUUCUUGUGUUUAUUACAUUUAUAUCAAUUGCAUCUCAUGAGGGUGGAGUUUUAAGUUCGCUGUAUCUCAGACAUAAAGACAAUUUUGAGCGAUUUUGCUCUCAGAUUGGAGCUGGUGAAGGAUGUUACAGAAUUAUAGGAUAUAUUGGGGUUUAUCGUAUAUGUCUUUCUCUCUUCACUUUUCAUAUCUUGAUGACAUUUUUUACCAUCGCAGUUUCUUCCAGUCAGACGUUCCGGGGAAAAAUUCAUAAUGGGUACUGGUUGUGGAAAGUGUUCUUUAUUGUCAGUGUGUGGAUAACUGCUUACUUUUUCCCAUACUUGGAAACUCUCAUCAGAGUGUGGAUGAUUAUGGGAAUCGUUGGUGGGAUUUUAUUUGUCUAUGUACAACACAUAACGCUUAUCGACUUUGCUUAUGAAAUAAAUGGGAAUUGGCAUAAUAAAUCGAAAACUUCAAUUUUUUAUACAUUGGCUAUAUAUAUUGCUACCUUGUCACUGUAUGCUGUAGCUAUUUGUGCUUAUACUGCCUUUGUACUUUUCUACGGUUUACCUCGUCAAUGUACAUUAAAUCUAACUGUCACUGGUAUUAACGCAGGUCUUACAUUACUAUUUGCUAUAUGCUCUGCAUUUUCUACCAUAUUAAGAAAAGGUCAAAUGUGGUUACCAGGUGCAAUCACAUCUGCAUUUGUAGCUUUUCUAACAUGGUCAGCUUUAGGCAGUCAACCAAGAAUUUUAUCGUCGAAUUUUCCGUGGCAAAAACAAACAGUGAAAAAGAUGAACGAUGUACAACAGCAAGAGCGAAAUUUUACUAUUCAUCCGCUAGUUGUUGUUGCAGAUCAGUUGAAUCGUUUAUUAUCUGAUCAAUUCACUCAAACCACUAAUCAAGUCAAAACAUCACCAACAUUGACUUCUGAAUCGAAACCAAAUAUUACUGACUCAAUUGUUUUAAUUAAUGAAUGCCUACCUGGUGGUGUGAAUAAAAUCAGUGAACACUUAGGCAAAGAUAUUGUUACAUUGUUAGGAAUAACAGUUGUGAUCAGUGGAUUUGUAUAUUCAAGUUUCCGUGCAUCUAUGCAAGCAAGACGUUUAGGUAUUCGAACACGAAGAGAGCGUUUGAAAGCGGUCCUACCACCUAUUCACGAAAAUAACCAAUUUAAUGAAUCUCCUUUACAAUCUUCCAAUAAUAACAAACCUAACCAGUCUUCCAAUCCAGUUGUAACCAAUGACUUGAAUAAAUCUCCAAUACGUUUUAUGAAUUAUAAAGAUGUAAAACGACAAGAGCAUGCAUUAAAUCUACUUGCUGACGCUGUGGCUGAUUUACCUAAUCCAAAGGUUUUCCGUAGACCUUCAGCACGUCAACCUCGAUUAAAUUUACAAACUCUUAAUACAUCAGAUGUAAUAUCUCAGAACAUAGGGAAUAAUGUAGGCAAUUGCGGUGUAAAAAAUACAAAGAAUAAAUUAUCCUCAUCUCAUAAUAAUGAUGUCACUGACAACAAUCACAAUGUUACUACUACUGCUACUCCUACUACAACUACUGGUAAAUCUACUUUACGCUUAUCAUCCUCUGAACCGGAUUUGACAAUUACUAUGAGAAAUUAUUCACGUCAACGUGGUGAUAUACGUGAUUUAGAUUGGUCAAUAAUUAAUAAUGAUGGUAAUAAAAAUAAUAAAUCAUCAAAGCACAAAACUGAUAAACGAUCCCGUGAACAUUCAUUAACUUCAUUGAAUCAUCGAAUUGGUUAUUUACGUCAUAAAAAACUGAAACGAUCUAAAAGUCAAUUGAAAUCAACAAAUGUUUUAAAUGACAGUAAAAUUAAUGAUAUACACGGUAAUAAUAGUUUGUUAACUUUUGGUGAAGGUGAAGAUAAUGAUAAUUCAAUAUUGAAAGAAACAAAACCUUCUUCUAAACUUCAUUUUCGGAAAAAAAUUAAAAAAACAUGGCUUGGAACAUGUCGUUUAAAUUCACAUGAAAAACGAAUUGUUAAUGAUUUAUACUUAUUUAGUGCUGAUAAUCUCCCUGAAAAAGUUGGUCCGAACAUUUACUUAUCUGUUAGUCCAACAACAAAUAAUCCCAUACCAAUGUUAGCUAAUGUUGUUAGACGAUCACCAUUAUCUAGUAAAUACUAUCCACAACCAUUGAAUUUAUCAACAAAUUUGUCAUCUAGUCAACAGACGCAACUACAACAGCAUCUACCUCAUGAUGAUAUUGAAUGUACUGCGUUGACAUCACCUAAUCAUUUAAGAUAUCGUCAAGCUAGAUGGGCCAGUGAAAUAGCAUUGAAUAAACGUACUAGUGGAUUAUUUAAUAUAGAACCUGGACUAGUCAAUUCACUAAGAUUCCAUGUGAGGGCUUGUCUUGUGACACAGUUGGGUGCUUUCCUCAAUGUGUGUCCUAUCCACUUCCAGCGCUUCUUCCUGAUUUCUUCCUCCACUGGAAUCUGGUUUGUUCUCUCCCACAGUGCGCUGUUGCUAAUAGUGUCCGGCCAAUGGAUCUGAAGUAUUUUGCGUAGACAAUUGUUAAUAAACACCUGUAUUUUCUGGAUGAUGGCUUUUGUAGUUCUCCAGGUUUCUGGCCCAUACAGUAGAACUGUCUUGACAUUUGUAUUGAAAAUCCUGACCUUGGUGUUGGUUGACAGUUGCUUUGAGUUCCAGAUGUUCCUCAGUUGUAAAUAUGCUGCUCUUGCUUUGCCGAUCCGCGUCUUCACAUCUGCAUCAGAUCCACCCUGUUCAUCAAUGAUGCUGCCCAAAUACGUAAGGGUUUUUACAUCUUCCAAAUCUUCUCCGUCAAUUUUGAUUGAAUUGGUGCAUUCUGUGUUGUAUCGGAGAAUCCUGCUUUUCCCUUUGUGUAUAUUGAGACCUAUUGCUGCUGAGGCUGCUGCCACACUGUUUGUCUUCUCCUGCAUCUGUUGUUGCGUUUGGGAUAGAAGGGCCAGAUCGUCUGCGAAGUCUAGAUCAUCCAACUGCAUCUUAGAUGUCCAUUGUAUCCCGCGCUUUCCUUCGGACGUUGACGUUUUCAUGAUCCAGUCGAUCAUCAGGAGAAAGAGAAAGGGUGAGAGUAAGCAACCUUGCCUAACACCGGUCUUCACUUCGAACGACUUUGUCAACUGUCCUCCAUGCACGAUUUUGCAGUGUAAUCCAUCAUAUGAACUCUGUAUGAUAUUGACUAUCUUCGGAGGCACGCCGUAGUGUCGAAGAAGUUUCCAUAGUGUUGUCCUGUCCACGCUAUCAAAUGCCUUUUCGUAGUCAAUGAAGUUGAUGUAGAGUGAUGAAUUCCAUUCAAUUGAUUGUUCCACAAUUAUCCGUAGAGUUGCGAUUUGGUCUGUACACGAUCUAUCCUUACGGAUUCCUGCCUGUUGGUCACGAAGUUGGGCGUCUACGCAGUCCUUCAUCCUGUUUAACAAUACCCUGUUGAAGACUUUUCCCGGUAUUGAGAGAAGAGUGAUGACCCUGUAAUUAUCACAGUUGCUGAGAUCGCCUUUCUUCGGUAUUUUGAUCAGGAGUCCUUCUUUCCAGUCUGUUGGUACUUGUUCCUCAUCCCAAAUCUUAUUGAAGAGAAUGUGGAGUAUCCUUGCAGUUGCCGCUACGUCUGCUUUUAGUGCCUCUGCUGGGAUGUUGUCCGGUCCUGCUGCUUUGCCACUCUUGAUUUGUCUGAUGGCCAUGCUGAUUUCUUCAAUUAUUGGUGGGCCAACAUUGAUUGGGAGGUCCGUGGGUGCUGCUUCGAUGUUGGGUGGGUUCAGUGGAGCUGGUCGAUUCAAGAGUUCUUUGAAGUGUUCUACCCACCUGUUUUGUUGCUCUUCAAUGUUGGUGAUUACCUUGCCUUCCUUGCUUUUCACUGGUCGUUCUGGUUUGCGGCGAUUUCCAGAGAGUUUCUUUGUCGUGUCAUACAAUUGUCUCAUGUUUCCUUCUCUUGCAGCCUUUUCCGCCGUUGUUGCUAAAUCUUCCACAUAUUUACGUUUGUCGGUUCUGAUGCUCCUCUUCACUUGUUUGUUUACUUCUGUGUAUUCAGCUUGUGCCUUGGCUUUUUCUGCUCUUGUUCGACUGGUAUUGAUUGCUGCCUUCUUGUUCCUCCUUUCUUGAAUCUUAUCCAGUGUAUCAACAGUGAUCCAUUCCUUGUGAUAGUGCUUCUUGUGACCCAAGACCUCAUGACAUGUUGAAGUGAUUGCCUCUUUGAUCCCCUUCCAGUUGCUCUCCACAGUAGUUCCUUCUCCAUUGAGUAGAUCAUGAAAGGCCUGGAACUUGUUGCUUAGGUCUAUCUUGAAUUUGUUGAGUUUGUUAGUAUCCUGGAGAAAGGCCGUAUUGAACUUUUGUGAUACUGUCUGCCCCGUUGUCCAGUGCUUCUUGAGUUUCAAUUUCAUCUUGGCGACCAGCGAUUGAUGAUCUGAUGCUAUAUCAGCUCCUCUCUUGGUUCUCACGUCCUCUAUAGUCCUCCUGAACGUUUUGUUGAUGCAAAUAUGGUCGAUUUGGUUUUGUGUAGAGUGAUCCGGUGAAGUCCAUGUGGUUUUGUGUAUUCGUUUAUGUGGGAAUAUGGUGCCGCCUAUGACCAGCUUAUUGAAGGCACAUAGAUUUGCAAAUCUCUCACCAUUUUCGUUUCUUUCUCCCAGUCCGUGUCGUCCCAUGAUGUCUUCAUAUCCAGUGUUGUCCGUUCCAACCUUGGCGUUGAAAUCUCCCAUCAGAAUGGUCAGGUCCUUUGUUGGGCACUUCUCGACUAUUGACUGCAGCCUAUUGUAGAAUUGGUCUUUAGCGUCUUCAUUGUAGUCGUUGGUAGGCGCAUAGCAUUGGAUGAUGUUCAUUGAAAUGCCCUCUUUCUUUGUUUUGAAGGAGGCUUUGAUGAUCCUUGGUCCAUGAGAUUCCCAUCCUAUAAGCGCAUUUUGCGCUUGUUUGGACAGCAUCAAUGCAACUCCUUGUGUAUGUGGUGCAUUUUCUUCUUCAUGGCCGGAGUAUAACAGGAGCUUUCCUGUAGUUAGUCGUUGUUGUCCAACUUGUGUCCAAUGUGUUUCACUGAUCCCAAGUACCUCUAGGUUGUAUCUUCUCAUUUCUGCAGCAAUCUGGAAGACUCUUCCGGUGUCCCACAUUGUACGAACAUUCCAUGUAUCUAAAUAAAUGGUCGCUCUGGUUGUCAGAAGGGGCAUCGGCCUCGUAACUUCCGAAGGGAUUCGGCUUUCAUCAUGAGGCGUCAUAAUUCUUCUAAGUGAAGAUCUUCUGACUCCCAGGGCAGAGUUUAAAAGGUUUCCUUGGAACUAUGCUAAAUACUGCUGCACCGCGUGACGGUUAUACGACUUAUAAUGAAGCGAUUGCUUCAGUUUACUCUUAUCCUUGGUUUCAUUUCAUUUAUGCCUUGGCCACUUUAUAUUUAAUGACUCAAUUAACUAAUUGGUACAAUCCACAAAUUUCACGUGUCGAUACUUUAUCAGAAUCAUGGGCAAAUAUGUGGAUGAAACUGGCAUCUAGUUGGUUAGCUUUAAUAUUGUAUGCAUGGACUAUAGCUUGUCCACGACUGUGUAUUGGUCGAAAACUUGGUGCAGUUCCGUUUACACCGCGUACACCACGUGCUAAAGUCUCACAAACUAUGCCAAUUGUUUAGUAUGUUUGUGUGGGAGAGAGAAAGAGUUUGGAAGCUGACCUAUCCAAUUUUUGUGUAGAGAUUAUUCUUCUCUAAACAAAAGAUUGUCUUCUGUGAUAUUUUUGGUGUUUUUUCUACCAAUAUAUGUCAUGAAGUGAAUACAAUGAAAAGACAAAAUUAACAUUUACCUUUACAAGUAUUAUGACAUCAUAUAUAAAUCUCAAAGAUCGCAUUUUUCACAAAAUAUUGCAUAAGUUCUUUAUGCGUUUCCAUUGAGAAAGAUCCUUCUGUCAACAAUAUAUAUAGAACGACAUGAAACUCAUAUUUAAAAGUUUAUUGAUGGAAUAAUGUACCCUUUGCUUUGUUUAUAUUUAACUGUGUUUUAAAAAAGUUCACUUCACUUUGACGAAUUAUAAAUAAUAAUAAAAUCCAAACUAU